AUGAGAAAUUUGCUGGUGAUUUGGUUGGUAGUUGAGACUUGUCUUGGACAAGAUCGAGUGGGUAGGUGGACUAGAUGUUAGCUAUGUGGUUUUAAAGUCAAUUUAUUUGAGAAAAAGAGCUUGAUUACUUUCUGAAAUAUUGUUGUUUACUAUCACUUUACUCCAAAAAUCGUAACGAUUCUUUUUCUUUGAUCUCACUGGAAUGCUCGAUUUUUUGUGUGGUAAUUAAAUCACCCUUGUCCCCAAUCGAAAGUCCGGGCCAUAUAUAAUACGUAUAAUAUUUCCCCAGACUUUCCUCGCCCCCCAAGACUUUUGCAUCUCCAACGUUUUCCACGCUCUCGGGGGAAAAGUUUGUCUCUCUGACAUCAUGGCAGAGAUCCCCAUUGUUCAUGACAUUCAUGUUCAUCAACUGCGUCAUGACUGUACAAAACACAGAGAAGAGCGAAAGCUAAGGAAAAAAAUAAGAAUCUAGAUAAUAUAAUAAUUGGAGAUGAACUGAACCGAAAUAAUAUAAGAUAUCAUAAGAAUAACAGAUCUAAUGUUCAGAAUCUCCUUUCGUAGCGACUCUACUACAGACUGCUAUUUAGUUCUGCAUAAUUGUGAUCCGAAUGUCCCAAACACUUGUGGCCCCCCACCUGGAAGGUGUCUGACCCUAAUUACUGGAAAUAGAUGUAGAUGUGGUCAUGGUCGGAUGGGAAUCCGAUGUCAAAGUGAGCCUUCUGAUCUUAUAAUUGCAAGAGUACAUCGAAUUGUUAUCCUGCCGUUGUUUCAGGACCUUGUCAAGAUGUUUAUCGAUCAUGUGGUAGAUGGAAAGAAGAAGGUCGGUGUGAAUGGGGACGCUUUAUUCUCCCUUUUUUUGAGGAUAACUGCGCCAAAUCUUGCAGUGUCUGCGGGAAUGAUGGGACCGGUAAAUAAUUAUUUUGUUUCAUUUUUUAUUUUGAUGAGAUCUAAUGCAAGUCCUACUUGAUUUAGUGUUGGCCAAAGCCCUUCCAGUCGGUCUAGAACCUCUGGCGUGGCUGGUUGGUCGGUGGGAGACCAAAGUCAGCAAUAAUCUUAGAUUCCCCACUCCCAUGGUCGCUUCUCAAGGCUACCAUGAGAUCUUGGAGGUUCAGCUGAAUGAAGUCAACAUGUUCGAUCGCCCGACUUUGAAUAUCAGGUGGGAAAGAUCACUUAUCUGGUCUGUAGCUCCUUGUUGACUAAUAACGGGGCCUAAUUUGGCUUUUGUGUUUAAAAGCUCACCAUAACUUUAGUCCAGCUCCUUCCGAGCGUGCUCCCUUAACCUCGAAACCAUUAUUUUAACGAGCAGUUAAUGGCCUUUGACUCCCUAAUGUCUACCUUGUUUCCCCUCGUGUUUUUGCCUAAUUCCGCGGCGGAUGUCAUAAAACUCGGAGGCCCGGGAUUCUAAUGGGCCGAGCAUAAAUCAUCACUUUUCAAGGACAUGUCCGGCCACUUCAGCGGCCUAAAAUGGCAUUUGAAACUGCAAAAAAAGUUGCCGCGAAAAACACUCGACCAAACUGUGCACUUGAUCGAGAGGAUGUUUUAUAUUACGUGAACCAAGAUUACCUUCCAGACAUUGUUUGCACAACUUUGUCAUCAAAAGAUAUAAAACAAAAUAAACAAAAAUUUCUCCGAUUUAACUUAAAAUUUCCGUAAAUUCCCUAAGGUCAUGAUACAACUAACGUCGUCUGCGAUAGAACCCGAAUCCAACCUCUUUGUCAGUCUAUAAUACUGCGAAAAAUAAAAACUUUUGCAGCGUCCGGGCCCGUUCCGGAAUCGAAGAGCACAAUGAAUUGGGAUUCGUGACCAUGAAGCCGGCCAAGGAAGACACGGGCUUUCAGAAAACACGACAGGAACGGCAACAACAACGGGAUCAAGUGGCCAUAGAGAUGACUUCGAACACGGGAGUGGCCACAAUUGAAGAGGGAAUCUUGGUCCCCUUCCAACUUGUGCUGCAUGUCACUCACAAGGUCACCUUGGACCUCAGCGAUCCAGGAUUUGUCACUGUGAGUGUCUGAUUGAGCUAAUCGAGAAGUUACAGGCUGUAAAAUAUUAGAAAGGAAGAUAAAUGCCCACUUUUGAAGAGAGCGAAAAGCAAUGUCUGCUGUAGGAGGAAGAAAUUAUGCAUAGAGGGCCAAUUAGAAAGGUCUAGGGGGAAGGCCGAGGGAUCUCUGAGAUCUCGGAAGGAAGGGAUGUAAACAUGAGGGAGUUGUGGGAAAACAAACGUCAAUUCCGGGGAUUUGGAGAGCGAAUUGUAAAGAACGACUUCACUUAAAGUUAUGCACUCUUCCCUGGCUGUGAAUCCUUCCCAAGGAUCCCGUAUUUUAUACUAUCCAUUACAAUUUAAUCCAUUCCUUUGCAGGCGCGCCGUCGUUUCAUUCAACGCCAACCGGAUACCCUCGAUGAAAUGGUUGUAAUGCAGGACUCGCGAGGUCAGCUCCGGACCUUCGUUAAGAGAUUCAGAAAGACUUUCGACUAUCUCCGCGACUUCCGACGCGUCGUGGACAACGAUCUCGGCCUUCGAGACUAA